ACCGGCCAAAACGGAUGGAUGGAUAGAUCUACCGUACCUACCGUCGUCGCGUCUCACAGAGAGUACCGACUGUGUGGCGUGUGGGACACACGGACACGGCAACGACGGAGUGUGGAAUUCAGUUUUGAUCGGUUGGUCGCGGCGAACGUUUGCAACGUUGUUGGUUUAACCGGCUGGCGUUCAUUUUUUUUUGUUUGAUCCCGCUGCUGUAGUUUCGUUUCGUGGCACAUCGCAUCGCUUUGAUCAUUGUCUGGAAACAGCGAAAAACGGGCUGGCGUUUUGUAUGUUUAUCGUGACGGUUACGUGAACGAAUUGCGUGAUUGGACGCUGCACGGUCUGGACGGUUGCGGUCGAUGUGGUCUCGUCAGGUCGUACCUAUAUCAGCUGCCUGCAUGUGACGACGACAGGGCAGGAAGCAUCCCGUUUGGAUGUGGUCACCAUCAACGUCGUCAUCGUCGUCGUCGGUGGUGGAUACUGAGUAGCCUCAGCCUGUGUUGUGAUUAAACUGCGUGUCUUGAACGAGUGAUGCAUCCUAUGUCCAUGUGCAUCGAUAGAUAGAUAGAUGCAGUAAUAACGGAAUACCAGUGCCUGUGGUUUAGUUUUCGGAUUUCACAACUAAAAUAGCAAUUCUCCAUCAAAAGAGGCAACAGCGAUGCAGAAGGCAAGCUGAUAUCAACCAAACUAAAUCCCUCACUAAAUACUCUAGUCUACUUGCGGAAAGCUCUAGCAGCUUCAAUUAACUUCCACUUCGAGGCGCUUCGUCGUGCCACUCGAACUUGUGCUGACUGAGAGACAGUCGUCAGCAGCACAGCAGUCGUCGCCAUUUCCACACUUGCAAACAAGCCAAUUCAAAUGAAACCACCACGAAACCCGAGGAGGAUCAGGCAAAAGCGAAGAAAGCAGUAACCGGGUGUCCCAUUCCCAGCCGCAUUUCCUAGGAUCUUGCAGAAGUCGACGAACGACGGCUCAGGCUCACAUUCAGCUCAGCUCACCGCCAAAGACUAAAUCAACACAAUCCAACUACACCCUACAUCUGAACCGGUAGAUAUAACACCAGGGAACGAACGCAGAAAUGCUCCAACCACUACUACGACUACUGCUCGGGAGGACACUGUCCGUAUCGUCGUUGUUGUCGUCCAGCAACAGCAGCAGCAGGAAGCUAAUAGCCCUGCUGCUGGUGCAACUUUUGGCCACGCUGGCCGUCGGAUCGGUCGCCACAUCAACGACGCCGCAGAAGAACGCCAACAGCAACCACCCGUACGCGGUGCGGAUUAACAAGUGCUGCGAGAAGUUCGAGGUCAUGUACGAUGGCAAGUGCACCGUCGCCGACACCAUCAAUGCGACUCUGUGGGUACCGGAGUUCACCGGUCGCAAUGGCGCGCAGAACGUUCAGGUCGAAGCUAUCAAGUACAUAAUCGGAGCUCCGGACUGCGGUACCAUGCAAAAGUGGCCCAUCUUCCACUACGAAAAGAGCGAGGACAAGUUGAUUCUCUUCCCGGACGGCAAGGUGCGUCAUCUGAUACUGGACCCGCACGCCCGCAACGAACCGGAAGAUGACUGGAACCAUCUGUACGUGGCCGAGAUCCACACGGAGGCUCCGUUCCAGUACGACUACGAACAGGGCCAGUACUGUUUGGACAAGGCGCUGAGUAGCAACGAAAAGCAACCGGAGGGCAUUUUCGCCACCGUGUGCUCACCGGAGAAGGCCAUCCGAUGGACGGACACGGACUUUUUGCUGCGCAAGAUUAUCAACCCGAUCUGCCACGGGAUGGCCAUCGUGAUCCUGCUGGUGGUGGCGAUUAUCUACUUUGUGCUGCCCACGCUGAGAGACCUAGUGGGAAACAUCGUCACAUCCAUCACGGUGUGUCUGAUCAUCAGCCAAGCAGCCGAUCUGGUCCGGAUAUUCACCGAGUUCAGCAGUCACGUUAGCUUCGUCGUGGCAGAUUCCUUCUUCUACAUCAGCCUUCUGGGGGCCUUCUUCUGGCUCAACAGCAUGGGCUACUACAUCUGGAAAACGUUUCGAGCUCGUAACGUGUUUCUGCGAGUUACCGACGGUCGCAAGUACUGUUUGUAUUCCGGAUAUGCGUGGGGCGCGACGGCUACCAUGGCUGCGGUGGCCAUAUUCUCCCACUUCUUCCUGGAUGGGCCAAACGCGAAGAAAAGUUCGAGCAUUUUCGAAGACCAGGAUAACAUCGGUUGGUUGGGUAUUGCCGUAUUCUUCACGCCGAUCGCGUUCAUCAUUCUGGUGAACAUCUUCUUCUACGUCACCACGAUGAAGUUCAUCAACCGGAUGAACGUGUACGGGCGGAUACACCACAAACUUAAGGGAAACUUCGUCAUGUUCUCGCUAAUCUUCCUCGUCAUGAGCAUUUCGUGGCUCUUCCUCAUCCUAUCCUGGCUGCACUACGACGCCCUGCUCUACACACACAUCGUCGUGAACGCCCUGCAGGCCCCAUUCAUCCUCUACAUUUGCGUCCUCCGCCAGAAGCACGUCACAUUCCUACUGAAAAAGUCCUGCUGCUACAAUGAACCUCCCCAAACGUCCGACUGGGGCGACGAGAUGACCUACAUGAAUGGCGGUGAUUACUGACCCCGGCGGCACCACCACCGUAACAAACCCAAGUCAGAGUCAGAGUACCGAAAGAAUCUCCCAUACGACGUCGAAGUUAGUUAUUCAACUUGGAAUCUUUAGAAAAGAAUCUCCUCCGGCGCAAGCAACGGACAUAACCAAAUGCGGGGGUCUUCCACCGUGAGACAGUCAGGAAAAACACAUUCCUUUGAAACGUGAAAGAAUUGGUGCAGAUUAAUAGAUAUAACUAUAACGAUGGUUGUAUGACAUGAAUACCUACGACUAAAAACGUCCAGUUGUUGAUCCAUUUCACUAGGUUAGGUUACGUACGAUCGAAAAGAGAAACAAAUUAUUCUAGGUGGUAUUAAUGAUAAUACAUAUACAAAAUAAGUGUGCUUUACUUUAAAUUGAAUGAGUCAUAUGCGAAGCGAUGAUAACAUUAGGAACAAAAUCAGCAAUUGUUGACCGAUUAGGUAGAUACUAGUGCUAAGGAAAGAAAGAGCUUAACUUCCAGUUAACACUUAGAGUAAACAAGUUUAUUAACAUUGACAAAGACUCAUAAAAAAGAGAAACGUAAGUAGGAUAGGUCAACAAAAGUUUUUAGUUUAACUAAUGACUAAAUGAUAAUUGUAUAGCUUG